AUGUCGGAGGUGGCCUGGAAAAAGUCGAUGCUGCCACUACCAUCAUUGAUGCGCUUCUUGACUAUUGUCAGUAGAGGCGCAUUCGAUCAGAUGGCCAUUCAGUACUGCGGUACAACAUCCAACUAUCCCGUUGGUGUCGCGAUUAGUACAGCCGAUGAUUUGCCCGCUGUCCAAGGUCUAGUCAAGACAUGGAGUCUGAGUGGUUGUAUAACAGGCUUUUAUUCCUCUGAGAAGAUUUCAUCGUCUUUGGAAUUUUUCAUUCACACCGACGGCUCCGCAUUCCUCGACAGACGGUCUCUGCGCCGUCGAAGUGACUGUACAACCGUGCAAGUUGUUUCUGGAGACACAUGUACUACCUUGGUCAGCGAGUGCGGAAUCACCGCCACUGAAUUCUACGACUACAAUACCGCUAGCGACCUCUGUUCUACAUUGGCAGUUGGACAAUACGUUUGUUGUUCAGCUGGAAAUCUGCCUGAUUACAGCCCCCAGCCGUAUAGCAAUGGAACUUGCUACACUUACCUUGUCCAGUCGGGGGACUCGUGUUCUGCGCUUGCCGCCGCCUAUAGCAUCACUAUCGAUGAAAUCGACUCCUUCAACAAUCAUACAUAG